AACACACCAUACAAAAGAAAACACAAACUUGUAUCACUAUAUUCAAUAUUUCAAUAUGGGAACCCUAUACCAACCCCUUGAAUCACCAAUCCAAGACCUAAAAGUCACAAUCCAUAACACUAGCUUAGUGUUCCCAUCUCAAGAAACUCCAAAAAAACCUAUGUUCUUACCAAAUAUUGAUCAAGUACUCAAUUUUGAUGUCCAAACACUACAUUUUUUCAAUGCAAAUCCUGAAUUUCCACCAGAAAUUGUGACGGAAAGACUCCGAAUCGCGUUAUCUAGAGUCCUUGUCCAUUAUGAUUUUUUGGCUGGGAGACUUAGGAUGAAUCAAGAAUCAAAAAGAUUGGAAUUUGAUUGUAAUAGUGAUGCUGGGGCUGUAUUUAUGGUUGCUUCAAGUGAAUUAACAUUAAAUGAGAUUGGUGAUUUAGUUUACCCUAAUCCUGGUUUUAGACAACUAAUUGUUCAUGAGAACAUUGAUAUUUUGGAAAAAGAUGAUAAACCACUUUGCAUUCUCCAGGUGACAUCAUUUAAGUGUGGUGGUUUUGUAAUGGGCUUUUCAACCAAUCACAUAACCUUUGAUGGAAUAAGCUUCAAGACUUUCUUACAAAACUUAGCUUCUCAAGCAUUUGAUGAUGACAACAAUAAUCCUAAACCCUUAGCCAUUGUCCCAUGCAAUGAUCGUACCCUCCUAGCCGCUCGUACGCCUCCACGUGUCACGUUCCCACACGUCGAAUUACUCAAAUUGGAUGUCCCCAUUGGUGAAGAACUAAAUGCUAAAGUAUUUGAAACCCUACAAGAAGAACUUGACUUCAAAAUAUUUAAGCUCAAUUCAAGUGACAUUAAUUCCAUGAAGGAAAAGGCAAAAGACGAAAAUACCCCUAACUCGAAAAUCACGAGUUUUAAUGUGGUAACUUCUUAUGUAUGGAGGUGUAAGGCGUUGUCGUACGAUGAUGAGAACAAUUCAGAACGAAUCUCAACUGUUUUAUUCGCAAUUGAUAUUAGACCUAGGUUAAAUCCACCGUUGCCACAAUCUUACGCUGGCAACGCUGUGCUGACGUCUUACGCGUCAUCCACAUGUCACGAACUAGAAGAAGGGCCUUUUAGUAAAAUUGUGGAUUUGGUGUCACAAGGGAGUAAGAGAAUGAAUGAUGAAUAUGCAAGAAGUGCAAUUGAUUGGGGUGAAAUUAAUAAAGGAUUUCCAAAUGGGGAAUUUUUGCUUUCAUCAUGGUGGAAAUUAGGGUUUUCACAAGUUGAAUACCCUUGGGGGAAACCAAAAUAUAGUUGUCCUGUGGUUUGUCAUAGAAAAGAAAUUAUAUUGUUGUUCCCAAAUAUUGAUGAUGGUAUAAACAACAACAAUGAUGGGGUUAAUAUAUUUGUGGCUCUUCCUCCUAAGCAAAUGAAGAAAUUUGAGUCUUAUUUUAACAAGUUCUUGUUGGAUUGAGAUACAUAUAUAUGUAUACCUUCUUCUUUUUUUGGUGUGAUUUUUUAACAAGCAUUUUAUAUAUAUAUAUGUUGUAACUUGUAAUCAUGAUGAUGUGAGUGUUGAAUUUCAAUUAUCUUGUAUGGUGAUGUUAAAAGUGUAAUAAAUGAUUAUAU